GGUGUUCAAUUGUUUAACAGACGUCCCGUAAAUGUGAUGUGGAGAAUAUCUACUGCAGUCCUCGUGAAAACUUUUAUUUAAUAAUUGUAAAUCUGAAUUACAGUAUUUGGCAGUGAUAUUUAUCUUGCAAUUAUCAUGACAAGCUUAACUGAAUUGUGUGAUAAACAUUUUAACUGCUCUUCUCUUUAUGAAGUGUUGGGAGUAGAAAAAGAUGUGGAUGAAGCAGCAGUGAAAAGGGCUUACUACAAGAAGUCCCUAAAGGUUCAUCCUGACAGAGUCGGUGAAGAAGACAAAGAAAAUGCAACAGAAAAGUUUCAAACUCUUGGUAAAGUCUACUCAAUCUUGAGUGACAAAGAAAAGAGGAAGAUAUACGAUGAAACAGGCUGUGUUGAUGACGAUGAUUUUUCAAAGAGUGACCAGAAUUGGGAAGACUAUUGGAGGUUUCUUUUCAAAAAAGUAACAGAGCAAGAUAUUACAGAAUUUGAAAAUAAAUACAAAGGCUCAGAAGAAGAAACUACAGAUGUUAAACAGCUUUAUGAGCGUUACGAGGGAGAUAUGGACAUGAUCAUGAGUUCAGUUAUGUGUGCUACUGCCGAUGAUGAACCUAGAAUACGAGAAAUUAUCCAGAAGAUGGUUGACAACGAUGAGGUUACUGGCUAUAAAGCCUUUACUUCAGAAUCCAAGAAAAAGCAAGUCGCCAGGAAGAAGAAGGCUGAUCGCGAAGCUAAAAUGGCAGAAAAAAUGGCUGAAGAAUUGGGACUGAAGAAUGAUGGAAGCGAAGAUAGUCUUCGAGCUUUAAUUCAAAAAAGGAACACGGACAGAGCCGCAUCAGCUGACAAUUUCUUCAGUGCUCUCGAGGCCAAGUACGGGGGUAAAGCGUCUAAAGAACGUACCACUAAAACGAGAAAGCAAAAGAAAGAAAGCAACGAUGAAGACGAUUCGGAUAGUGAGGAAGUCAUGCCUAAACGUGGGAAGAAAGGAAGGGCUGGAAAGAAAUAAAAUAAUUUGAUGUUCUGCUUUCACUUUCAUCCAUUACCAAUACAAUCUCGCUAUGGGUAAUGUACUAAAACUAUUGUAACCAAGAAUUGAUGUUCUACAUUACACAUAAAAUAACUUGUGAUAACUUCAA